AUGGAGGUCCCAACUACUACCUCAAAAGAUAUGGGGUCAUCGCCCGAGAGCUUGGGUAUAGCACCAGUAAAGCCCAAGCAAUCAAAAAGCCGAAAUGGUUGCGUUACCUGCAAGGCGAAGCGACUAAAGUGCGACGAGUCCAAACCCACUUGCCACCAAUGUCAGAAAAGAGGUGUUACUUGUGGGGGUUACAAAAAAGACUUUAAAUGGAGGGCAUUUGAAGAAUCCGCCUUAGGAGGCAAAGCUCCAAAAUCCUUACGAAAAAGUACUGGUAAUGGGGUGACAAAACCUAAGAAGAAUCCACCUCCUCCACUUCUGUCGGGCACGGCCUUUUUGGAUCAGUCCAUUACAACCGCCACAGGUCCUCCCCGACGGUCUCCCAAUGAAUCAAUCUAUGAAACCCCUUCACCAUCUCCGUAUCAGUCUAGUGCCGGGUUUUUAUCAUCGUUUGUUCCUUCCGAAAUCAAUCCGGUUUUUGUGAGUGGUAGGCGCAAUAUUCAUGGAAUGUGCUCCGAGCUAGUUCAAAGCUCCAACUCCGUGCACAAGUCUAUAGGGCCGCUACUUUACCUUAACCCUCUAGAAGAACAAAAUGAUUCCAGUUUUACGAUCAAUAAAAAGGAGGAUGGUGUUGAGGAGGAGGUAGAGGGCGACCAUGAACGACACUUCUAUAAACCGGAUGACAUUGGAAUCCCCACAAUCAUCAAGGAAGAAGUUGAUGUUGAUGAUGAUGAUGAUGAUGAUGAUGAUGAUGAUGAGGUUGUUGAUAUAGUUCGCACAGAAACUCCGAGAGACUGGUUGUUUAGACGCCGCUGCUCACUUUCGCCCUCGGCGUUUUCAACACAUUCAACAAACUCACAAUCUUCACGAGAAUCCUUUACCAGCGUUCAUGAUAUCUUCCGCCGUCCUACAUUUGACUUCAACGCCCCAGAGAUGCUUCUCCUGCAUUUCGAUAAAAACACCUGUGGUAUCAUGUCUGUAAAGGACGGCCCCACUGAGAACCCAUGGCGGACGAUGAUCUGGCCCUUGGCCACACAGUCACCAGCUCUUUACCAUGCAAUUGCCUCGAUGACGGCUUUCCACAUGUCGAGGGAUCGACCAUCUCUCCGUGUAGAGGGAAUAGAGCAUAUGCGUCAAUCGGCUACAGCAUUAGCUCAAGGCUUUAGCAGAGGCACAAUCAGAAACGACGCGGCAUUAGCUACAACAUUAGUGUUAGCAUUUUCUGAGGCUUUUGAUCGCCACACAUCUAGUGGUACAAAGCACCUUCGAGGUGCAAAUGAAUUAGUAAAUCGGGCUCUGGCUAAGUUUCGAACCUCUGAGUCUAGCCCAGAAUCUAAAAAAAUGUUCUCGUUUCUGUAUAACGUUUGGGUUUAUCUUGACGUUUUGGCCCGGCUUACUUCAGAAGAUGACAAUGGUGUCCAGACCCUGGUGCAUGGACCGUUGUCACAUACUAAUCAAGUUGAUCCUUUACUUGGCUGUGCAGCGACCUUAUUUCCAUUGAUUGGGCGUGUUGCAAGCCUUGUACAGAAAGUACGAAAGACUGAUAAAAAUUCACUCCCAAUCAUUAACGAAGCCAUGGAUAUCAAGACUCAGUUGGAGAAUUGGAUUCCAGAGGCUUAUUACGAGGAACCCCAGGAUCCGCUCAGCGAUGUAGAGCACUGCGUCAAAACCGCGGAAGCCUACCAAUAUGCCACGCUCCUCUAUCUUCACCAAGCUGUACCAGAAUUGCAAUCCCCAACUGCCCAUGAAUUGGCAGAAAAAGUAAUGCAGGCCAUUGCAACAAUUCCCAUGAAGUCUAGAAGUUGCAUUGUUCACAUAUACCCACUUCUUGCUGCUGGUUGCGAAGCGGUAGGCAAGGAGAGGGAUUGGGUUAAUAGUAGAUGGGAAAACAUGUGUAGUCUCAUGUGGAUCGGCAAUAUCGACAAAGCGUGGGAGGUUGUGAGGGAAGUCUGGAGCCGACGUGAUUCUUUUGAGCUGGAGCGGCAGCGGAUGCAGACGCCGCCGCCGUCAACGUCCCGAUAUCAUUCGCCUCCUAUAGAAGAACCUAGCUCGAAGAGGGUCUCUGGUGGUGGAAUUGAAGUUGCUGACUAUGGUGUUUGGGAGUCCCAAGCAGACAGUGAAAAUAGUAGAUAUAAGAAAUUCCGAAUGAUGGCGUGGUCGACACCAGAUCCGGCGAUCAAGCGCAACAAGAGAACGGCUCCGGCGGCGGUGGGGCAUGAAGAAGGUGAAUCGUGGUUUGAGUUCACAGUAAGAGGCAAGCUACAUUGGAUCAGCGUCAUGAAGGACCGCAACUGGGAGGUUUUGCUGGGAUAG